CAAGUCCCUCAUCGACCAUCCCCCGGUGGGUUUCUGGUGUACUAAGAAUGUCUUCUCGUAGGAACGCAAAACCUCUCCCAAAGUUCGAAAUCGGUGACGAUUAUCAGCUACUGCAUGCGAUUGGAGAAGGCGCAUACGGGACAGUCGCUGCUGCUCUUCACAAGCCGACAGGGCGCCAGGUCGCCAUAAAGAAAGUCCUCCCUUUCGACCAUACAUUGUUUUGCCUCCGAACCCUUCGAGAGCUCAAGUUGCUCAAGUUCUUCUCGGAGACUUGCGUCAACGAAAAUAUUAUUUCAAUCCUGGAUAUUAUCAAGCCUCCUUCCCUUGAAGAGUUCAAGGAGAUAUACUUUAUCCAGGAAUUGAUGCAGACUGACUUGCACCGUGUUAUCCGUACUCAGCACCUCACGGACGACCACUGCCAAUACUUCGUUUACCAAACACUCCGGGCGCUCAAAUCAAUCCACAGCGCCGACAUCGUCCACCGUGACCUCAAACCUGCUAACCUUCUUCUCAAUGCCAAUUGUGACCUGAAGGUUUGUGACUUUGGCCUGGCUCGCAGCGUGAAGACCAGCGUCCCCGCCGGGAAAGAAGUCGGUUUGAUGACGGAGUACGUCGCCACUCGGUGGUACCGCGCUCCCGAGAUCAUGUUGUCCUUCAAGAUGUACACCAAGGCAAUUGACAUCUGGGCUGUGGGCUGUAUUCUUGCCGAACUUCUCACUGGAAGGCCCUUGUUCCCGGGUCGUGAUUACAGCCAUCAACUCGACCUGAUCCUCGAUGUGAUUGGCACGCCCAGUCUCGAUGAGUUCUAUGCUAUUACUUCGCGGAGGUCUCGCGACUAUAUUCGUGCACUUCCCAUCCGCAAGAAACGCCCUUUCCCCACACUUUUCCCGCACGCCUCGCAGGAAGCUAUCGAUUUCUUAACCAAGACCUUGACCUUUGAUCCAAAGAAACGAAUGACUGUGGACGAGGCCUUGGAGCACCCUUAUCUCGCGGCUUAUCACGACCCCGAAGAUGAGCCUGUCGUGACACCCCUUAGCCCGGACUACUUCGAAUUCGACAUGCACAAGGACGAUCUCAGCAAAGACCAGCUGAAAGAGCUCCUCUACCAGGAAGUUUUGUCUUUCACCCCUUCUAUCUAG